GUCGCGGGCCGCGUUGCCAGCCAGCUCCAGGAUCUCGGCGGUCAGGUACUCCAGCACCGCAGCCAGGUACACCGGUGCCCCAGCCCCGACCCGCUCGGCAUAGUUGCCUUUGCGGAGCAGGCGGUGCACUCGGCCCACGGGAAACUGAAGCCCGGCCCGAGAAGAGCGGGUCUUGGCCUUGGCGCGAGCUUUGCCUCCCUGCUUACCACGCCCAGACAUGGCAAAAGGCCUGUAUCUAUACAGUUAAAAAGGACAGACGAAAGUAGAAAAACGCAGUUUUUAUAGCCUCUACUGGGCGCGAAAAGGAAGCUGUUCGAUUGGCUAACGUUUUAUUUUUAUUUAGACCAAUAGGACUCAAUUAUGCAGGAUACCUAUUUUGAUUGGGCAAAACUGGCAUCUGACGUCAUCCAAGGAUAACCACCAAUCAGCAGAGACCUUCCCCCCUACCUCGUCCACAUAAACUAUUAUAUAAAAAGAGGAGACCAAGUUCUUGUUUUCUUCUUACCAGUAUUAUUUCAUCAUGCCCGAGCCGGCCAAGUCUGCUCCCGCCCCGAAGAAGGGCUCCAAGAAAGCGGUGACCAAGGCCCAGAAGAAGGAUGGCAAGAAGCGCAAGCGCAGCCGCAAGGAGAGCUACUCGGUGUACGUGUACAAGGUGCUGAAGCAGGUCCACCCCGACACCGGCAUCUCUUCUAAGGCCAUGGGGAUCAUGAACUCCUUCGUCAACGACAUCUUCGAGCGCAUCGCGAGCGAGGCUUCCCGCCUGGCGCAUUACAACAAGCGCUCUACUAUCACCUCUAGGGAGAUUCAGACGGCCGUGCGCCUGCUGCUUCCGGGGGAGCUAGCCAAGCACGCGGUGUCGGAGGGCACCAAGGCCGUCACCAAGUACACCAGCUCCAAGUAAAUUCUCAAGCUCUUUGUCAAACCCAAAGGCUCUUUUCAGAGCCACUCACUAUUAUCUAAAGAAGAGCUGAUUCGCUCUUCCGAACGCUGGGGGCGAGGGAUCAUAAAUCAUUUUGUUGGUC